AUGGAAGAGUUGAGAGACAUCGAAGAUGAGACGUACCACGAUUCGCAGGAUUUCGUUGAAUAUGCAACGGAAGACGAACCAGACGAAAUGGAGCAUGGCACUAUGAAUGUCGAUUUGGAUGAAUUAGUAGAAGAAACUCACCAGCAAGAUGUGUCUACUGAUGAGGAAUACGAAAACUACAAGGAUGAUGAAAAACCCCGCCUGAUUGAACCUGGAAACAAUUCAAGCAAACAAGCAAUUUCAGCUUUUAAAAAUUCACUUUCCAUUCCGAGAUUGCAAAAGAUCGGCAAUAGUUCUGGAACGGGACGUACACCAGCGAAAGUAGUGGUACUACCACAAGGUACCAGCAUACCAACGACGACGACACCGAUGAAGCUGCUAAACACUUCGCGAUCUUCCUUAACGCCCACCAUGGCAACUACGUCGUAUCGUUUGCUUAAUUCGGAAGGCACAAUGAUCGUGAACGUUUCCAACAAACCUACAACGGUAAAGAAACUUAUUUCCGUAGCUAAUCCUACCACUACCUCGCUACAAAAUCCCGCCACAGGGAACAGGGUGGUACUUAAUACGAAAGCACCAGUGAUGCAUAUUCAACCCACACAAACCAUCUCGACCUCGACCGGCACUGGACUGAAAACGAUCACGAUGAAAACUAUUCCCGGAGGAACUUUAAAGAUGGUGCCACAAACUGGUUCCUUAACUGCCGGAAUGCAAGGAACGGUGCUGCGGAUGACAAAACCCACCGCUGGCCAAACGGUUUCUUUGACCGGAUCAGCAAAGGUAAUCAAACCAAACACCCCAAAUAGUGGCAACGAAGCACCGAAGGUUAUUUUGAAUUCCUCUGUCGCUGGAGCAAAGAAGAUUGUGGCAUCGACUAAAGCACCGCUGCAUGCGGUCACGUUGCCCGGUGGCAAGGGAGUGCAGUAUGUGCGCUUGCUUAACCAGCGACCAUCGUCUACCGGUGUGCAAAAGAUUGUAAUGCAAACAACGGGCAAAACGAGUGCCAAUAUAGUUGCAAGUUCAGCAUCUACUCCAACCGUGCUCAAUGCAGUUCCGUCAACAAGCACCGCAGGUACCAGUCAAGCGGCUGGUACAUCGAAAAUUAUUAUGCCAAACCACAAAACGUUCGUUAUACGCAACGGUAGCACACAUCUGGCAGCGAGUGCCACCCUCGGCAAACCCUCGAUACUGUCCGCUGGCAAAAAGAUUAUACUAAACACAGACAGCACCGGUAACACCACUCGCCUUGUGUUGGCGAAAGAUGCUACGAAAAAAAUAAACAGCAUUCAAACGGUUGUAAAAACUACGCAACUUGCCGCUUCGAACGGCGUUGGUGUAUCGUCUUCCCAGGAAGGGGUGAAUGUGGUCGCACGGAAGCAGGAACCAGAAGAAGUGGUCAAAACUAGUGCAAAAAGUCCGUCCCAAUCGAUGAGUGGCGGCGGCGGUAGCUUGAAAACGGAAGCCGAUGGAUCCAAAGAUACUACGCGAGUCGUAACGACCGCUAACUACGGAUUUCCGGACGAGGCGUACAAGAAACGACCCUGCAACUGUACAAAGUCACAGUGCCUGAAGCUGUACUGCGAUUGUUUCGCGAAUGGCGAAUAUUGUUACAACUGUAACUGCAAGGACUGCUACAACACGUUCGAUCAUGCUAACGCGCGUCAGAAAGCGAUCCGAACAACGUUGGAGCGUAAUCCAAAUGCUUUCAAACCGAAAAUUGGAUCAAUCGGAUCGACGGACGACGGGACGCGACUCCACACCAAGGGCUGCAAUUGUAAGCGUUCUGGAUGUUUGAAAAAUUACUGCGAGUGUUAUGAAGGCAAAAUCCCGUGCUCCAGCAACUGUAAAUGCAUAGGUUGUCGCAAUACGGACAACUUUGACAUAGUUUCUGAAUACUAUUCCUCCAACGAUGCAUCAAUGAAAUCGAUUGAGGAAGGCUCUCACAACAACAUUCUUCUCAUACCCGACAAAUAUGAUGGUGGUAUCGGGAACAGACGGUCCAGCGGUGAUACAGUUGGACUCAAGCGUUCCGCUUCAUUUUUGGACACCGAUCUAUCGCAACUACCGCCGACCAAACAACCGCACAACUUUAUGACGAUGGAUGUUAUAGAGGCAACGGUGCAGUGUAUGGUGGCACAGGCAGACGAAUGCUUAAAGCGUGGCUGCAGUAUGCGUACUUCCGAGUUAAUGAUUCUGGAAGAGUAUGGACGUUGUUUAUUGGAAAUUAAGGAAUUUGCGUUCAACACAGAAAACUAG